UAUCAUAAAUAUUCUCCAUCAACUCAUGAAAAAUUUAAAUGAACAAAUAUAUGAAUUGAAAGAAAGUAUCAUAAAUGCUUUCCAACGACUCAUAAAAAAUUUAAAUAAAGAAAAGCAAGAAAAUGAACAAAUUAGAAAUGAAACAUUAUUCCUUGAACAAGAAAAUAAACGAAUCAUAAGCGAUUAUUUAUUUCUUAAACAAGAAAAUCAACGAAUCAGAAAUGAAAUGAAUAACAAUAUCAAUGCUCUUCAAAAGCAAAUUUACCAAAUGGAGUAUACGAGACUGCAAUUUAAAGAAGUACUUCAGAAAGAAAGGACACGGUUGCGAACAAAUUAUCAAAACGGUUUUAAUGAAUAUUUUCAAUAUUAUAAUGAUUAUUUUCAGAAUUUAACACUACAAUCAACGGAAGAGAUUAGACGAUUAACGGCAAUGAUUGAAAAGAAGACACACAAUUAA